GGUGGUGUGUUUUCAUCUUUCAUUUCCUCCCAUCUUCUUCUGUGAGUGGAAGAAGAAAACAAGACCCUCUUCUUUCUCAUCAGCUCUUCCUCUCCUUUUGUAGAGUAGGCAGCUCUACAGCUGCACUUCUCAUCUCAACACUGCUUGAUUUUUUUUCCUCCCUUUGGAGUCAAGAGUGGGCAUCAAGUCAGGUGAAAGGUUGCAAGUUCUCCUUUCUGGGAUUUUACUGUUCUCCUACUUCUUCUGAGGGGUUGCUUGGGAGCUCAAGUCCUUGGUUAUGCUGGAGGCUAAGAACAAGAAAAGGUCCAGUAGCAAUAGAGCUGUUGGGCUAUUACUCCAGUUGGAAUAUCUAAUAGGAGGAAAAUUGGAGCAGGCCUUCUUCAGAUGUUAUCCGCUAAAAGCCCUCUAGAUCCUCCAUGUUCCUCCAAGGUUCCAGCACCGAAGACUGGCGAGACGGUCUCUGAAAAGCUUGCCUCCCGGGAGAGGGAUCCCAUUCUUGGACAGACACCAACUCCUAAUUUCUCUAUAAGGGAUUAUGUUUUCACAUCAAGGAGCAAAGGCAUCGAGACGAGCUGGCCGUUCACGCAGCAUUUCUUGCAGCUUUGCUUGAAGCAUGGUGUCAAAGAUCCAUUGCCACCCUUCGAACCUCCAGAUUUGGUGAGAGUCCAGUGUUGGAGCAAGGGAGUAGAGUCUCAACAAUCUGUAAUCCGCCCAGAAAUUGAACAGAUCCCAGUGCAUAUUGGUCCUCAAGAGAAGGCCGUGAAUAUAAGACGGGACUUGUGUUCGCCGAUAGAGACACAACCUCCAGAUGGAAGGUCAGCCACUUGUCAGAGGUUUAGAACUGAUGAACUGACUCAUUCUGGUGCAGAUAUCGGCUCGAUAAUUACUCGUGAUCAAGUUGAAGGGACUUCUGCUGCGAUUGGUGGAAUUUCAUGCUCAUUUGCUGUAAAUAGAGAUGUCUUUGAAGCGCCUUCAGAUAUAGACGUUGUUGAACCCACCAAAAAGCUUGGAAGCUCACGCGAACCAUCCGAAAAGAAGUGCAGGUUGAUAGUCAGAUUGGGUGUCAUCUCCGACAGUAGCCGGGCAGAGGACAUAAAAUCUAGCUCCAGUACUGUUUCAGAUCCUAUGGCUUCAAAGGUUUGUCCAGUUUGUAAAAUGUUUUCUUCCACUUCAAACACAACUUUGAAUGCGCACAUAGACCAGUGCCUGUCGAUGGAGUCCAACACCAAGUGUUGUUCAAGCAAAGUCGUAAAACCAAAAGCGAAACCAAGGAAGAAAAGAUUGAUGGUGGAUAUCUAUACUACUGCUCCUCGUUGCACUCUCGAAGACCUUGAUAAGAGGAAUGGUUCCCACUGGGCUGUUGAAUUGGCAUUUGCAGCUGCACCAAGUGUCGAAGUUGACACAGAGACAAAGAAACCAAAGUUGGUACUGGUGGGUUCUGGAGAGGGCAUAAAGGAAGGAGCUGUAUAUGUUGAUUCAAAUGGUGUAAAACUAGGAAUUUUAUCCAAGCUCAGUAGUACAUCACAGUCAAAGGAAGAACUGAAGUUGCAAGAGCAUGACAAAGUCGUCAGGACUGGCAAAAGUUUUCUGAUCGGCAAAAAGAAACAUUUCAAAGCAAAGUACUCAAAGAAGAUGAAAAUGAAGUCACAGAGAAAGAAGUUGAAUUCAUUUAUGCUGUUGAAAGCAAAGAUGCAAACUUCAGUCGAAGGAGAUUGUGAUGGAGAAACUCAUCAUGAGAAUGGAGAAUCACUGUUACAUAUAUCAGAUCCAGGAAACCUUGCCAACAGUAGGCCUGCGUGUCUAAGGCAGUGGAUUUGUUCCAGACGAUCAGAUCUUCCAAAAAAACUUGCCAGCAAGAAUGCCCAUAGUGCAUCAGAUAAUACUGCACUUGUUACCAGGAGCAUGCUGACCGAGAAUAGCCGACCAGAUGCUUAUAUUUCUUCUGUUUCCUUAAGCCAUCACUUGAAGUUUUCUAGGUUAUCUGAAGAUUUGACCAGCUCUCCAGGAUCCAAAAAUAUCGAUAUACUGUCUAAGACGGUCCACCCCAUGGAUGAUGGCAUGAAAGUAUCUGAAAAGCUAACUAUCUCAGCUUCCAGAUGGUCGUCUGAAAGCACUGAAAAAAAUAGCCUUCUACCGAGAGUAUCAAAAUCAUCAGGGAAUUUUGAGUCUUCUUCACGAACCGAAGCAAAGGAGACUGCUCCGAGUAUUCAACAUCGACCUGAUACUUCUUCUGACAGGACAAACAUACCUUCAAUCCACUGUCCCUCUGCAAAGGACCAAAUCGUUUCUACUCUGAUGAAGAAUGACUUGGUUAGAAGAUCACCCUUCAACCUACAAGCAAGGAAAGGUGAUCUAAGUGUGAAACCUGAUACUUGUAAGAAGUUCCGUAAGCAUAGAUCCAUUUUAAGGAGUGGCAAGAUUAGAGCAAAAUUUCAGUCAGCUACCAAUGGAGUGCAUAAUAAAGGUGUGCUUGCACCUGCUGCUGAUAUUGCAAGAGCAAGUAAAACACUAGGAUCUUGCGAAUUAAAUCACUCAUGUGUCGUAGGAUCUGGAACAGGAGAGAUGACGAAUGAUGCAUUGCCAGGCACGAAAGAUGUCCCAGAAUUUGAUAAAAAAGAUGAGGGAAGCACACUGGAAGAGCAGAAACACAGUAAUCAUCUUGAAACCAAAUACCACGGUCCUGAUGUUCAGAAUUUAGACAUGCAAGUAGAGGUCUUGGACUCUGGAAAUCAUGUCAGGAAACCUUCAUCGGAAACGGCUGGUGGUAAUCUUCUUUCUAAUGAUACUGUGUGUUCAGAAAGUCUGCAAGCAGCCUCUGAUUGCCAGUCUAUCUCGAAAAGUGAGGUCAACACAGGACAAUUAAUGCAAAUAUCUGAGAAGCAAGUGGUGUUCUUUGGUGAUACUUCCAGAGAAGAAAUUGAUGGACAAAACAUUCAAAUGGUAGACAAAAUGGAAGAUAGAGGAGAAAAAGACUCUUAUGCAGUUCAGCUUGUGGAAUGUACUGUUGAAACCAUGUCCAUCCAGGAGUCCAGUGGUUGUUCAACCAGUCAUGGGAAUGCGGGGCAUGAAAUCCGCCAAAAGAGCUCCUCGAUAACCUCAGUUAGAACAACUACAAAUGAAGAGUUGGUUGGUGAUGGUAAACCAUGUGGAUCACCUGAUUCAACUGCUUCAACCAUCUCACUCCCCUCUCCAAAAGAUCUCAAAUAUACAGAUUCAGAUGCUAAUGUAUUUGCAUCUGCUAUCAAUGCUGAAAAUAAGUUGGGUUCGAUAGAUCCAUUAGCUGAAGAUACUGUAGUAUCUGAAGAAAGAAAUGUCAAGGAGAGGAAUGAAGAACUUAAGGUGAAUCUACCAGCAGAAAUAUCUGGUUGCAUGGUAGAUGAUAAGACUUUCUGUUGCUCAUGUAGGGAGAGCCUUUCAAGAGAGUUUCAAAUUUUACAACCAAAUGCUACUCACAGGACACCCAAGGUGAAGCAGGUUUCCAAGUUGUUCGCGAGGCCAAGAGUCUCUUCCUCUUUUAAUUCAUGUCAAAAUCACAGAAUUAAUACCACAGUCAUCUCCAAUUUGCAAGCAGCUGGUCAGCCUACUACCAGCAAGGGUUUGUCAGAUUGUGCAGUCAAGGUUCCAACUUGCAGUGUUCUAGGUUCUGCUAUCCCAUCAUCUCAGUCACAGAACCGGUCAAUAUCCAAUCCGAUCCUUAGGCUGAUGGGUAAAAAUUUGAUGGUGAUGAACAAUGAAGAGUUUGUGCAACCUCAAAGAACAGUUCUGGAAUACCCACCAAAUGUAAACUUCUUGUCACCUCUUGGAUUUGCUUUAAACACCAAUCACUCAAAGCAGGAGAAUUUUCGAUACCAUCACAAGAUCUUCAGCGGGCCUCCGGCCUUUGAUGCAACUGCAUCAGUGGGUGAGCACCAAUUUCCCAUAUGCAUGCCUAGCGCACCGAUGGCUGGUUUUUCAGUGACUCCCUUGCAUACUGCUUUUGUGCCAAGACUUGAUCACCACACUUGGCAAAAGAAUGCAUGCAGAAGGUCCAACUCCUCUCCAGCUUCCUGCAUAAUGAAUGAGGUUCUUGUGAUCGAUGACCCUAUUGAAUUUGAGAGACGACCAGUCACUUCUCUGAGCAGUCCAAUAAGUACUUUGCCUUUUGCUACUUCAGGUUUGAAUCCUUUGUCUCAGAGGCCAUUUUCCUGCGUCUCUUCGCAAUGCCAGAUUAGAUAUCUUCGUGGUGGCUCAAGGCCCUUGUUACCAAAACCAUCCACUGGAAUUAAUGCUAAUUUGACGAAGAGUGGCAGCAUUACAGAAGGCCAUGGUCCUCUACCUCCCAGCCCCUUUUUGCUCCAAACUGCUACCGCUGCUCACAUGCAGUCAUCAGUAUAUUACUCACAGUUGCAUCGGUCCUAAACUGUACAAAAGUGCUUGCGGAACCUCUGUCUCAAGUUCUACUUUGCAGCCAUUGUUCCAGAUCUUAGCUUACUUGACUGAGUACCCUCCGAGCACGGUUGUCUUGCAGCAGAUUUCUUGCUAUACGGUCUUUCUAGCAGCCAUGAAGCAUCCUUUGGAACAAAAAGAACAGAACCAACAGGAAUGUGACUCUGAGUUUUGAAACACUUCAUGUAUCAAAUUUGAUGUUCUAAAGGCCUUGUUGGCUGCGACGGCAAACAUUCUGCAAAGUUGCAGUUUUGAACUUGUCAAAGUACAUGUAAAAUUCUCAAUAAUCCAUGCAUCUGAAUCCUUCCAAACUCUUGUGUGAAGCUUCUUAGUACUACUGAUGCUUAUAAUGAAUUUUGAAUUGGGGUAGUAGUAUUGGUGGGUUCCUGUGGUCAAUUUUAUUUCUGUUCCAAAAUGACUAUGAAGUGAUCAA